CAGAGGGUGGUUUAAACAUGACACUUAACAUAGAGGAUGAAUAUGAGAUAAAACGAAAAGAUGUUGAAUUGUACAAAAAAAUAAGGUAUUGUGGAUUCGUUGUUGUUUCAAGAAUAUGGAACAUAGGAGGGAAGUUGAACAAGAAUUUAUGGCAAAAUAUGAGCCUGUGGAUUACAGAUCAGUGACCAAAAUUGAUUUUCAUAAAGACGUAGUCCAGUUACCUCCCAGGCCUGAACCAAUGCUUCAUGAAAUGGUUCGAGAACAACCGGUUACAUUUUGGACAGAACACAGGGAUAAAAUGCAUGGUAACACUCAUUACAGUACAAAUCGUACCACUCCGUUCGGACGUAAUGCUGCUUUUACAACACCGAUUGAUCAAUAUUUGAAUAGUCGGAUGCCAUGUGAAAUGCAAGUAUAUCCACGUUGAAAAAAUCACAACAAAAAGUUAAAUGAGGCAGUGGCCUCUAUUUAUUUAUACUUGAAAUAUAACUAUGCAUCAUUUUACCAUAAUAAAGCAAAAUAAUUAUACUGCUUUAA